AGCUAGUUAGCAUUAGCAUGCUGUGGGUAAUAACAGCUGGACUCUGCCCACUCCGACAGGCUCGCAGAAUAAAAUCCUCGUUCACACACCUGCUCAAGUCGGUAGUUUGUAGAAACAUGUCGUCGGGAACUAAACGUCCAGUUAGCUUACUGGGAACCAUGGCGUUUGGGGGACGAGCUGACGCCAAGCAGAGCCGGGAGAUGGUGAAGGCUUUUCUGGACAGGGGACACAAGCAGGUGGACACAGCGUUCAUGUACAUGGAUGGAAAAUCGGAGACUAUCAUAGGCGACAUGAACUUACCUAAAACAGUGAGCAUAGCUACAAAGGCCAACCCCUGGGAUGGGAAGACGUUGAAGCCAGAGAGUGUGCGCUCUCAGCUGGAAACCUCCCUGCAGAGGCUGCAGACAGACUGUGUGGACCUUUUCUACCUUCAUGCCCCAGAUCAUCAAAACCCCAUUCAGGAGACCCUGAAGGCCUGCAACCAACUUCACCAGGAGGGAAAAUUCAAGAAGCUGGGCUUGUCAAACUAUGCAUCGUGGGAAGUGGCUGAAAUUGUGUGCAUCUGCAGACAUAACAACUGGAUUGUUCCCACUGUUUAUCAGGGAAUGUACAACGCCACGACGAGGCAGGUAGAAACAGAACUGCUGCCGUGUUUGAGACACUAUGGAAUGAAGUUUUAUGCAUACAAUCCUCUUGCAGGUGGUCUUCUGACGGGGAAGUACCAGUACGAGGACAAAGACGUCUCUCAGCCUGAAGGACGGUUCUUUGGCAACAGCUGGUCGUCAGCGUACAGGGACAGAUACUGGAAGCAGAGUCACUUCCAGGCCAUAGAAGUGGUUCUCAAGGCGUUAGAGAUGGUGUACGGACCAGAGAAACCCUCCCUGACUUCUGCUGCCAUGCGCUGGAUGUACCACCACUCUCAUCUCAAGGGUGAUCUUGGAGAUGGAGUCAUCAUUGGCAUGUCAAACAUGGAGCAACUUCAGCAAAACUUGGCUGCAGCCGAUGAGGGCCCUCUGGAUCAGAGGGUGGUCGAUGCCUUCAAGGAGGCCUGGAAUCUCGUAGUCCAAGAGUGUCCAAACUACUUCAGAUGAAAUCAAAAGAUAUUUUACAGACAUCGGAUACACUCAAGUUUUGUUUCCUUAAACUGUCUGAACUGUUUUGAAAUUGCAGGUAAUGUGAGAUCAGCUGGAAAUGUUUGUUCAGUGCCCAGAGAUGACUUCUGUUGUGACUUGGCACUAUAUAAAUAAACUGAAUUGAGUAGAUCUUUUUUUA